AUGGAUAACUUUGGUAAUAUUUUACAGGGAAGAUUGAUGAACUCCUCGUCAGGUCGCUUUUGGCAAUGGAGAAAUCUUACCGGCGAUAUGAGUUCCGGUAUUGCUGGUAUUACUGUUGCAAAUAACUAUAAAAAUAUUGCUAUCGGUUUGAUGAGUAAAAGUGGACUGUUAUCUUCAAAUGGCCAUUCUUUUUCGAUAUUAGCUACCGAUCUUAAUAGUUGUCAUUAUGUCGUUAUUUUACCGACUAAAAAUAUAAUGUUAUAUACCGAUGCUCAUCAACAUAUUUAUCAAGUUGAUCUAAUUACGAAGAAACAAUCAAUUUUACUCGAUCAUGUUGGUGGAUCAGCAGGUACUCGUGGUCUAGUCUAUGAUUCAAUCAAUAAUUGGAUAUAUUUCUCUGGUGUACAACUAAUGCGUAGUCGUCCAGAUGGGACCGAAUUACAAAAUAUAACUCAACAUUUAAAUUUAAAUAAUGAAAAAUUAGGUUUUCAAAUUGCACUUGAUAAUCAUUUCGAUCCUAAAAAUCCUCGCGUCUAUUUGGCAUUUGAUGGUGGUCUUUAUAUGGCUUAUACUGAUGGCAGUCAAGAAAAAUUAGUAUACUCAUCUUCUGCCGAAACUAAUUUUGUUGGUCCAUAUGGUGUUGCGAUUGGAGUAGAUCCUUUUGAUAACAAACGGUAUAUAUAUUGGUGUCGUGGUCGUCGAUCAAAAGAAGCCUAUCUCGAACGUUCAAUACUUGACAAUGAUGGACAAUUAACAACAAUCGAAUCGUUAUGGAAUGAUAGCUCAACAAAAGCAGGACAAUGGCUCUAUGCAUUAGCUUUAGUUCCAUGGAAAUUUCAAUAA